AGGCGAGGCCUGCUGAGCGCCGCGGCGGCUUUUAAGUGGCUGCCGGGAGUGCGUGAGUGUGGCGCGCCUUGUCGCCUGCUGUCCUUCGGUGCUCGCCUCCUGCGCGUCGCGACCCGUCGCUUGGCGCCUCAUUUGCCCUGGUGCCGAAGCGACCUCGCAGGAAGAGGAAAGGGGCCUAGGAAGGUCACUGCAAGGCAGCCUGGCGGUGGCCUCUUUCGCUUUCAUAUUUGCAGGGGUGCCUGGGGCUCACGCGUGGCGGGGUUAACGGGGUCUGUGUGAGGUGACCCUUCUUGUCUGCCUUCGUCACUACGCGCAGCCCUUGUAGAGACAUCUUCAAGUUCCGCUGAUUUUGAGUGAGGAAAAUCAGUAUAGGUGAAACCAUAAAUAUGGUACAUGCUGAAGCCUUUUCUCGCCCUCUAAGUCGGAAUGAAGUUGUUGGUUUAAUUUUCCGGUUGACAAUAUUUGGUGCUGUGACCUAUUUUACCAUUAAAUGGAUGGUAGAUGCAAUCGAUCCCACAAGGAAACAAAAAGUAGAAGCUCAAAAACAGGCAGAAAGAUUAAUGAAGCAAAUAGGUGUAAAAAAUGUCAAGUUAUCCGAGUAUGAAAUGAGCAUUGCUGCUCAUCUCGUCGACCCUCUUAGCAUGCAUGUAACAUGGAAUGAUAUUGCGGGUUUAGAUGAUGUUAUUACAGAUUUGAAAGACACAGUAAUUUUGCCAAUCAGGAAGAAACAUCUGUUUCAGAACUCCAGACUGCUACAGCCACCAAAAGGAGUACUUCUGUAUGGUCCUCCAGGUUGUGGUAAAACCUUGAUUGCCAAAGCUACAGCAAAGGAAGCAGGUUGUCGAUUUAUUAAUCUUCAACCCUCAACACUGACGGACAAAUGGUAUGGGGAGUCUCAGAAGUUGGCAGCUGCUGUUUUUUCCCUGGCUGUAAAGCUUCAACCCUCCAUCAUCUUUAUUGAUGAAAUAGAUUCUUUUCUACGAAGUCGUUCCAGUUCUGAUCAUGAAGCUACAGCUAUGAUGAAGGCCCAGUUCAUGAGUCUCUGGGAUGGACUGGAUACUGACUACAACUGUCAAGUGAUAGUGAUGGGAGCUACUAAUCGCCCUCAGGAUCUUGACUCUGCUAUUAUGAGAAGAAUGCCUACAAGAUUUCAUAUCAACCAACCUGCAUUGAAGCAGAGAGAGGCAAUCUUGAAACUGAUUUUGAAAAAUGAAAAUGUGGAUGGGCGUGUUAACCUCCUCGAAGUUGCUAAAGAAACAGAUGGGUUCUCAGGAAGUGACUUGAAAGAGAUGUGUCGUGAUGCUGCACUGUUGUGUGUCAGGGAAUAUGUUAAUUCUACAUAUGAUGAAAGCAAUGAAGAUGAUGAAAUUCGGCCAGUGCAACAGAGGGAUUUGCUCCGGGCAGUUGAGAAGAUGAGAAAAUCGAAGGAUGCAACGAAUCAGAAUGUUCUAAUGCACGUUAGUUUAGACUAAGGCUAAGGGAUGUUCUACCAUGGCCUUGUUGGGUGACUAUGUGAUUUAGAUGAGAGAAAUCAAUUGGAAGAAAAAAUAAAUGUUUCUGGAAUUGUUUUUAUAUGCUAAUAUCUAAGUUAUUGAAAUUAGUAUCUUGAAAUUUGGAUAUGGACUCUGUGAUCAUGACACGGAAGAAUGUAGUCCAGCUUGAAGGCAAUGUCCUAUUCCCUUGUUGCAGCCUUAAGUCUGUUGGUAGGUUCUACUGUGGCACAUUAUGGGGGUUUUUGGUGGGGAGUGGGGAACAGAACUUAUGUAUAUAUGUAUGAGAGAAUGUGUGUGCACAUGUGCACAGAAUUUGGGGGUGUGGGUGUGCAUUGGUGCGGGUGUGCACAUGUGUAUGUGUGUGUAUAUAUAGUCACACAGUUUUAUAUAUAAAUAUAUGUAGAUAACUUGAAUAUGAAAAGCCUUUACUUUUUGUUUUACUUAUUUCUGGAUCAAACUGAACAGGACAAUUAAAUGAUUCAUGACAUUUUCCUAUUUUUCUUUACCUUAAUACAAAGGCAGAAUUCUGGUUUUGGAAACAUUUUCUCCUUUAACCACUUUUAAUUUAUGAGAACCACUGGUGCCACUAGAGCCAAUCUGCACUAGUGACAACUUAGGUAGAGAACAUACAUAAGGCUGAUUAACUUCUCAAUUUUAUAUGAAUUCAAUAAAUUGUAUUAUUUUAAAUAUUUUUAUACUGUCAGAAUUAACUAAUGUGACAUUCUGGCAACUGCAUAUCACCAAAAUUUAUUUUUCUAUUCCUGAAUGGUGAAUAAUUUUCUUUCUUUAAGUAUCUUAGAUAGGAGCACCAUUGCUAAAAUUCCUUUAUUGCUGCUGUAAUACUUACUAGCAGUGGUAAAUGGACACAACAGAAGAUUAUGGCAUUAUGUACACAGAUUUGAAUUAUAUAGUUUGCCUAGUUCCCUUCCUAUCCUUAUCUUGCUUGUUAAGUAGCUCUUCAUGUUCAAAUAUUCUUCAUAGCAGAAAUAGAAUGGUGAGUUUCAGGAUUAAUAAUGAAAAUUCAUUCCUUUUUUUUCCUACCCUACAUUUCAGAGUUAUCCAUUGUCAAGAUGUAACUAUUCCAAUAAGAAUAAUUGGAAUGCACUGAGAACAUUCAUACCUUUGACAAGCACUUGUUACACAUUUAACAGUCAUUGGAAUGAGCUUUGGAAAAACUUUGCUUAAAUUAUGGAACUGAAGAACUGAACCUAGAAUUUCAUCAGCUCAGUUUAUAACUUGAUUCUGGUUAUUCUUGCAGGUGCUAAGUUGAACAUAACCAUAACUCGCGAUAUUCUUGAAAGUUACAUUCAUUUGUUUUCCCAACAGAAGAACAAAAAACCUUCAAGAUGGGUUUUGCUUUAAAAAAAAAUCCUAGUGCAUGAGUCUUUAGUAACCAACAGUUUGUCUGCUGAAGCAGUUCUUAUGAGUUUUAACUGGAUCUGUCCAGAUAGGAACUCUGUUUCUUCAAGUGGCCCAUCAGAUAUUCCUGGGAAUGAUAUGUUUAACAGCUUCUGAGUUUUCUUUAAAAACAAUUAUUUGCAUUUCCUUCUGGAUUUGAGUUGUAUUGUGUAUGAACAUUGAGGUAGUAUUUCUUGCUUUCACAGCUAGUUCCAUCAAUAGGUCCAUCUUACCAAGUUCUUAAAAAGUCUCUCUAUGCUAGUAAAUUUUGCAACAUUAAAUCUUGGAUUGAUGAGGUCCAUAAGUAAAUUGUGACAAGGUAUUUGUUUUGUAUUGGAAAUCAAUUUGGGUUUUUUGUUUGGUUGGUUGGUUGUUUUUGGCAGUUGAGUAUUUGUGUUUUGAAAGAGUGAAUGUCCUUUUUUUCCUGACCAUGCCUUUGCGUUAUUUCACCUUAUUUACUAUAUUUCAAUAAAACCACAGAAUACAA